AUGAAUGCGAAAGUUUCCCACGGUAGGAAGGUCGAGAAUCCGGCAGAGUAUCGUCCACGACCCCCAAAAGCGAAGAAGAAAUCUUCGUCAAAUCCGCUCCUCGCCGGCAUCAACAAGUAUUUUUCAAGAUUUCACCCGGGUACCCUUGACGCAGAUAUUGUUCUGCCGUCAAGAUACCUUCUCUAUCCGCCCCUCUUGCUUCUGCCGGCGCAGUUCGAAUCGACCAGUCCGAAGUGGCAGGCUGAGUAUGAGAACCUCGGUGCGGACCUGAAGUACGAGCUGUUCCAGACUAUUGCCCUGUCUUUCCGAGCAGCCGGGCAGAAUGUCACACAUAUUGCACUUAACGGGCCAGUGAGGGAGGUGAUCAGCAUCGGUGGCAAUCAAUUGCCAAAUAUGAUGAGAAGUCCGACCGCGUUCUGCCCCGUAUAUGGUGACUGGGGUCCUACUUUGAUACAACAGGCUGGUCCCACAGCGCAAGACUUUGAGCAGGCUUUCUGGAUAUCUACAAAGCAGGACCACGGAGUCACACAGACGUGGGCACCACGAUGGACGAUGUUCAGUCAAGGUAAUUUGAGCGAGAAGAAACGGAUCCUUGGCACAGCCGGGCGUGACUAUUUUGAAGGCCAAAAUGAAGCGGACAUCGAACGCAUGGAAGUGCUAGACAUGUAUGUUGGCAUUGGCUAUUUCGCGCUUUGCUAUCUCGCGCGAGGCGUCUCGCGAGUCUGGGGCUGGGACCUAAAUGGCUGGAGUAUUGAGGGCCUGAGACGCGGUUGUGUUGCAAAUGGAUGGAGAUGCCUGGUCGUGGAGGUGAGUGACGACGGCAAGGGCAUGGCUCCCCCGGCGGAAGAACUCGUGCGUCUGCUGCAGAACGAAAAUGACCUGCCACUGGACCAGCGAACGCGGUGCAUUGCUUUCCGAGGCAACAACGAGCACGCUGCUGCUAUCGUGGGAGCUAUCGAUGAGGAGCGGCGACGGCAGGACUCCGUGACGCAGCUCUUAAGAUUCGACCACGUCAAUCUAGGGCUUCUCCCUGACUCCAGGCCUAGCUGGUCGACGGCGAUGGAGCUGGCCGCCGAAUCUUCCAGCAUCGUCAACCGAUUCAGAAGCUGCUGA